AUGAAAGGGUUUCACUAUUAAGUGACUUUGAAUAUAAAUAAGGUAGAGUUAUCUAUAAAAUUUCCUUGUACAUUAUAAGUAAUGUGGAAGCGUGGUCUAAAUAAAUGUAUAACAAAAACUAAAGAGAAAGAUAAAAAUAUCUUUGUUGUAAAUGAAUCCCUUACACUGGAUUUUAAUAUAGGUGAGAAUAUAUAAAAAAAGACCUAUUUGAUUGUAUUACUUAAUGUUUAAGGGCAAUCAAAAUUGGCUGGAGUUGUUAAUUUUGAUAUUAAUGAAAAUAUGUCUAAUUAAGGAGAAUGUAUAUUAAAUUUAGAUAGAAGUCCUGAUUCAAAUGCUAAAAUAUUCUUUUCUUAUUAGAUUAUAAAUUUAGGGGAUGUUAAUUUUACAGAUAGUAGAGUCAAUGAAUCAUUUAAUCAUAAAACUUUGGGUGAUUCUUUUGGUCAAGAUAAAGAAAAUAAAAAUUAUAAAGGUAAUACUAUAAAAAUAUCAAAUUAUGAUAAUUAAUUGAAUAAAGAAUUGUAUGAGAAGAGUCUUAAAGAUUUGGAUUAAUCUAAAUUGAAGAUUACUUAACUUUAAGAUUAGAUUAAUAAAUUUGAAAAAGAAAAAUCAUAAUUAAUUGAGGAGAUUAAUUCUCUGAAGAAAAAUAAUUUAGAAUUGAAAAAUGAAAAUGAAUAUUUGGAAAAACAAAAUGAAAAUUAAAAAAAUGAAAUACAAUAAUAAAAGGAAAAUGGUUAUUUAGUUAAUAAAUAAACAGUAAAGAUAGAAGAAUUAAAUCACUAACUUUAAAAUUAAAUUCUUCAAUAUCAAAUACUUUAGAAUAAAUAUUAAUAAAGUAUGAAGAAACUAAAAUAAUUUGAAGAAUCUUAAGAGUUUAGUAAAAUUAAUAAGGUAGAAAGAUCUACAAAUACAAUGAUUUUUGAGAUUCCAGAAUUUAUAGAAUGCAAUUAAACCAUAAAAUAAUAAGAUGAAUAAUUAAAUGAAUAAAAGAGAAAAAAUGAAAAAUUAUAUUUUGAUUUAGAAUAUACAUAGAAUAAAUUAUGCACUAUAGAAUAGGAAUUAGAUUAAUUAUAAAUUUAAUAUCUUAAUUUAUAAAAGUAAUGUUCUUAGUAAAAAGAUUAAUGUAAUAAUUUAGAGAUUGAGAAUUUGUAAUUAAAAAGAUUAAUUAAAGAAUGUGAAGAGUAUAAAUUAUAAAUGGAAGGAAAUAAUAAAAAGAACUAAAGUGAUUUAUAAAAGUAGAUUGAUAAUAUGAAUGAAUAGUUAAAACAAUAUAAAGAUUAAGUAUAAUAAAAUAUAAAUAAAAUAGUUUGAAUAAAUGAAAGAGAAAUACAUUUAGUAGAAAUAGAAGAUAGAGAAAUUAAAUGAAGUGAUUAAUCAAUAAAAUGAGGAACUUACAAUAUAAAGUAUUAGUUUUUUAAAGGAAAUACAAGUUAUUUAAAAGAAAUAAGAAUAAUUUGGAAUAAUUUGA